GAAAAGCCGGGGCUGGGACCGCGGCGGCAGGUUGUUAUUUUCGGGGGCUCAGCGCAGCACGUCCUGCUUUCCUGUCACCGCAAGGGCCAGGCCGCCGGCUGUUUUCCAUUGCUGCAGCCUGCGUUAGGAAAUACAAAGAGCGGGGGCGGUCUUGACCGGGGGCUGGGGUCCAGCCUUGCUCGGUCGGUGACGGCCGAGUCGCUCAGCUGAACUCCUUUGGUGCCCGUUGCGCAGGAUUCCGAGAAACGUCCGGCAGCCAUGAGCCGGCGGGACUAAAAGCCGGCGACUCCGAGGAGCGUAGGCAAGCGGAGCAAGAAGCCAGACCCAGAGUCGGGGAGUAAGGCCCCGGGGCCGCCGAAGCUGCGGAUCAGGACUGGACGAUGAUCCGGGGCGUGGAGUCUGCGAUGGCGGACAACUCGUCGCAGCCGCCGCCUGUCAUCUUCUGCCACGACUCCCCGAAGCGAGUGCUAGUGUCAGUCAUCAGGACGACCCCAAUCAAGCCCACGUGCGGUAGCAGAGGGGAGCCGGAGCCACCACCGCCGCUAAUCCCCACCAGCCCCGGCUUCAGCGACUUCAUGGUGUACCCGUGGCGCUGGGGCGAGAACGCGCACAACGUGACUCUCAGCCCCGGGGCUUCGGCGGGCGCCGCCACGGCCACCUCACCGGCCGUCACCGCCGAGCACCCGGGGCUUCGGGGCCGGGGCGCGCCCCCACCUGUCGCCUCGGGGGGUGAGGACGAGGAGGAAGCGAGCAGUCCUGACAGCGGCCACCUCAAGGAUGGAAUCCGACGUGGUAGACCCAGAGCAGAUACUGUUCGGGAUUUAAUAAAUGAAGGAGAACAUUCGUCUAGCAGAAUCCGCUGUAACAUCUGUAAUAGGGUGUUUCCACGUGAGAAAUCACUCCAGGCCCACAAAAGAACUCAUACAGGUGAGAGGCCAUACAUGUGUGACUAUCCAGACUGUGGAAAAGCCUUUGUUCAAAGUGGGCAGCUCAAAACACAUCAGCGGCUUCACACCGGAGAGAAACCUUUUGUUUGUUCAGAAAAUGGCUGCCUAAGCAGGUUCACCCAUGCAAACCGCCACUGUCCGAAGCAUCCGUAUGCCAGACUGAAGAGAGAGGAGCUCACAGACACGCUCAGUAAGCACCAGGCUGCAGACAACAAGGCCGCUGCUGAGUGGUUGGCAAAGUAUUGGGAAACUAGAGAGCAGCGAGCCCCCACCUUGAAAGGCAAGCUCGUUCAGAAGGCUGACCAGGAGCAGCAGGACCCUCUGGAGUAUCUUCAGUCUGAUGAGGAUGAUGAGGAGGAGAAGAGCGGUGCCCAGCGUCGGCUGCAGGAGCAGCGGGAGCGCCUGCAUGGAGCCCUGGCCCUUAUUGAGCUUGCCAACCUGACUGGAGCACCACUCCGCCAAUAGCCAGAACACUGACUCUUCCACUGUACAAAAGUACUGCCCGUCGUACUUACAAAGUAGAUCCUUGGGCAUAAGCUAAGCACCUUAUUUGCUUAUCAUAGGCUGCUAUUCUGUAGAAAUUUAUGAAGAAUGUCAUUGCCCCAGAAUAUGGGGUGAGAGAGAAUUGCACUUUUUUUAUAUGGAAAGAGAUCUGAUGUAAAGUUUAAAAUAUUUUGUAAAUAUGGGACUGAACAGUACAGGGUAGAAAACUAUAUUGUGGGAAGCUAGAUUUUGCAAGUUUAAUGCAUUCAUUGGAAGCAGUUCUCACAGAAUGCACUUUCUGAAUAAGACACUUGUGUGAAAAAAACAGAAUGGUACACAUAGCCAAAGAACAUGAAAUAGAUUAUUUAUAAGAUCAUUUUUAACGAUGUAUAUUAGUAUGUUUAACAAUACUGUAAACACUGAAGCAAGUAUAAGAUAUGUGUGUAAGAUAAGAUAUUUUUAAAUUGCAAAUUAGUUGCUCAGUGAGGGCUACAGAAUGGAAGCUGAGGAUUUUGGAAGAUGUUCUAAGAAGCUGUCGAGUUGAAAGAAAAUAGAUAUUUGAGGAUCUUGGUUAAGAUGCACAGUAGUUCAGAAUUUUCAAAAUGGAAUAAAAUCAGUCUUAUUCUUUUUGGGGCUUUACAGCUCUAUGAUGUUUAGGUUUGAAAAGCACUUGUCAUCCCUAGCAUGCUAACUUGGGAACUUUUGCACAUUUCAUAUUUCUCAUUUGCUAAAAUUGAGUGUUUAAUCUUGCAAAGUCUAGGUAACAUGGUAAUUGGUAAUUUUUAAAAUAUAUAUUAUGGGCCCUGUAAUGAUUUGGCACUUGGAUUUUUAUUAAUAAGUGGGACAUCUACAGGGUUGUUUUGUAAUGAACUGUUUUUAGAUCUUUUGUUAGCAAACACUAAAUUGUCAUUGUACUGCUUGUUUAGAAUUAUUAGCAAGUGGAAGCCUCCAUAUUUAUAUGUUCAGUGCAUAAAGCCACCUUCUUGCUUACUUCAGAAUAACAUGCCAAGCUAUUUUGUGUUCACUAAAUUUAGCUAUCAGUUAAACACUGCAGAAAAUAUUAGCUACUCAAAUAAGUAGGCUUCUAGAUUAGUUUUAACUGCAAGUGUGUUAACUUGUGUGGUGGUUUUAAACCAUUUUCCCAAUAGAUUACAUUAUUAAACACCACUUUUUAUGUACUAAAGCAUGAGCAGAAAAAUCAAGAGCUAAGCAGUCCACCUCCUUUAUAUAGAUGUAAGCCUCGGUCAUUUUCGCUUUUGUUUUAAGCAGAAACUAAAUGACAUGCAUAGCAUGGUGAUUUAUAGAUUACUUAAUUGGAGUAAACCUCAGAAUAGUAGAGGGAAAUGUGGGCUCUUCAGCACCCUAUUUUCCUUUUUGAAUUGAAGUGGUAUCUUACAGAUGUAGUUUAAACAUUAUCUAGAAUGUAGGCUUCUUUAUUCAAAAAUCUUAACGUGUUGCAGUACAUAGAUAGAUUAAAUAUGUAGCCAUGGGGAGGGGGAGGUAUGUAAAUGUCUUGAUAAGUAGUGAAAGUGUGAAAGAAGAUGGAGUAACAAAUAAUGUGUAUGAUGAGGACAUACUUUAAAAAUGUAAUUCCUCUGUACAGUAAAUUACAAAUCUUGAGGGAUUUUUUUUUUUCUUUUUUGUAAUAAGAGAAUUUAUAUUUGUAAUGGUCAAAGAAUUUUGUUUGUAACCUGGUAUAUAGAAUUUUAACUUUGAGCACUUAAAAGCAUGGGAAGAGAGACUGUAACAUCUGAAUUUCCUUGUUUUGGUUUCAACAUUUCCUAUAGAAUUUUUCCUCUCAAAUGUGCUUUAAAUGAAUUUAAAAAAAGGUAAAAAGCAACACUUAAUCAGUCUUGAGAAAUUUAAAAUUUGAUAACUUUACCUAAAGAAGGAAGGGCAGUAAAGAUUUUAAAAAUACAAAUGCUUGCCAGUUCACAGAUGAUAAAAUUUAAGGCUUUCAAAGUAAGGAUUUUCUUUAUUUCUCCAGUCAGUUUUUGUCAACCAUAGUUAGUUAUAUUUACAAACAUAUUUUAUUUGUAUAAUUGGAACAGUUUAAGAAAUUAACAUAACUGUUUACUAUAGAAACAUUUAAAAUGUUCUUUUUUGAUAUAAGCUAUAUACUUGGACAAAAUACAUUGGCAUUUAAAAUUUGAGAUGUUUUAAGACUGCUUUUUGUUUUAAAAAAUGUGGUUUACAUUCAAAUUUUUGAAGUGUUUUAUGCUUCAUAUGGCUAAGUUGUAGUUUGGCAGAGUUAACAGCAUAAGACUAAAACAUGCUGUAAUUUUAAGAGAUGCUUUGAAUAAAAAAAUUAUUUUAA